AUGCCGACUCGUGUGGUUGGAGAGAAGUUGAUUUCUAUGUAUAUCGACGUUGUUGAAAAGACGCACCAUUUCCUGGACCUGCCAGUAUUCAAGCAACAGUUGCUGCUCUUCUGGCACCACCCUAGGGAAGCUGAAGAUGGCUGGCUAGCCCUGCUUUUUGUCAUUUUCUACCUCGGCCAAGAAGCCCAUCGUACCGUCGCUUGUGGUUCGACUGACUUACUCCUAAGCGUACCGCGAACCGAGUUCUUAGAAGUAUCGCAAGGAUUUGUCCAUCGCACCUCGUUCGUUGCACACCCGAAUCUGGACAUCAUUCGCACUCUAUGUCUCAUGGUCGUUGCGAAGCAGAUGGUGCAAAUGUCUUGCUCCGCGAUGGAUACUUCGUGGUGCCUAACGGGGUUGAUAUUGCGCAUUGCCAUGAGCAUGGGUUUGCACUCGGUACAAGUGGACGACCCGAGGCUGGGAAAGGCUGAGCGACAGACGCUCAACGUUCUCUGGACGUCGAUCAUGUAUCUCAACCUCCGUCAGUCGGUUCUGACGGGAAUGCCAAUCCUGCUCCGGCCGCGAGAUUACACUUGCGCAUCUCCUCCCAGCAUCAACGGCUGUCCUAACGGAGCUCUCCCGCGGCUGAAUUUGGGGGAGGAGUCAGAGACCUUCCAUGUCCUUUUCGGACGCGCCGUCCCACUCGCAGCUCAAUUAAUGGACCUGAGCCACGACCCGACUCGAUCAGAAACCUAUGAGGCUAUUAUGCACUACACAGCGGAGACCAGACACUUGCUGGUCCAUGCAUCAGAAACACUACGAAAAUCCCACCCGACGACCGGCGAAGCCCGGCAAGCCAUCGUGCUCGACGUUCUAUUCCGCCGGCUCCUCCUGUCCGUCCACCGUCCCUUUGCCCACGAUGAGCGUGCUCCACUCCGGUAUCCUCUCUCGUACUGGACAUCCUUAGACUGCGCCCUCGCAAUCCUCGUCCACCAACGGGACCUCUGGGGAGCUCCCGCGGACAACUCCCCGGUCAGCCGAUCUUUCGCCCGCCUCUUCUGGCCGGACUUCCUCGUUGCGGCCCUCACGCUAUCGGUGUACCUGCUUCGAGCGGACACGCCGCUUGAUCCGCCGCCGAGCAGCGGGUACGGUGGCAUGCCCGCGCGUGCCACAUUGCAGGAUGCACUGCGCUCGUGCAGAGACAUCUGGCAACUAGAGAAAGACAGGAAUAUUUGUCAUUCGCACGCGUUUAUAUUGAUUGAUCGCGUUGUUUCAGCUUUGGAGGAGAUGGGUCCCGAUAGUAUACCGGCCUUGAACCGUGCUGAGGUCGAAAGCGUCAUCGAUGCAGCUAGUACUGGGGUCCACUGA